CUCGCCGCCCCGGCAGGCGCCUGGGCGCGGAGCCAAGGGGGCGCCCGGGCUGCUCCAGAGCCCGGCAGGACGUUGGUAAAGACACGUGUGAAGGGCUCUACUGCAGUGGCAAGAAUUCAAUCUGUCGCCCCAUUCCUGACGGUGGCUUCCCUGUCUCCGCUGUGUCUUCUCGGUGCACCGGUCAAGACCAGCAGGAAGGGAUGAUUGAAGAAACUUGUGGCUGGUCACAUGGCGAUCUACAUCAGUCUGAAAGGGAGAAGAGAGAGAUCCGGGAAGUUCUGGGCUAGAUGUGGAAUUCCAGUUCCCACCAUGGCUUGUGCGCCUAUUAAUUCAUGAAAUGGGAUUGUGAAAACGGACACUACCAAGGGCUUUGUCUCAGCUUUUGCUCUCUGGAUGAUGGGUGACAACAGACCCUCAGACCACCCCAGGCCUGGGGAAUUUCUCAACAUCUGCCUGGAAGACAACCUACAGCCCUACCCAGAGACAUGUCCGAAUGAAAUAUGUGGCCAUCCAGGUCCUUCCGAGCCUUGCCAGGAACACCCCUGGCCCUUUGACCCCCCAGAAUCCACCAGGCCUGAUGCUCAUCUCGGUAGCUCUGAUGCGGAGCCUACUCGCCUGGGAAGUUACUCUUUCCAGGGGGAGGCCAGGCAGACGCCAGCUUCGCCGCAGCCGACGGGGGACAGCUGCUCUUUGGAGAGCCCGCAGCAGAACCAGAGCUCGUCCGCACAGGUGGUGUUCUGGGCUGGCAUCCUGCAGGCCCAGAUGUGUGUCCUGGACUUGGAGGAGGAGCUGGAGAAAACAGAGGGACUCAGAGCGGAACUGAGGUGCUGCAUCCCCCCACCUUCUAAGGACUUCCUUGGUGAUGUAGGCCUGAACCCCAGCCUGCCCAAGGAGGAUGAAGACUCUGGAGAUGACGGUGGUGAGCCUGAGGAGGAGAACCAGGCCUGGCCCAGGGGGCAGAUGCCAGGCUCCUCCCCAGAGUGGGGUGCUGAGGAGGACAGCAUCUUCUUUGACAAUCCCCUCUUCCUGGAGAGCCCCGAGUCAGACACCAGCACUGAAGGAGAAUGUUUUUCCUGGGGGUACCCAGAUCCCCACCCAGAGAUGAAGUCUCAGAGUCCUCAGGCCCUGGAUUCUUCACUCCAAGAAGGCACAGGGCUCUGGAGGCCAGAAAGUGAGCUGGAUUUGGGGAGCAACACUGCUGAUCAUAGUGGGUGUGCCACCCCUCCAUUCCCUGUGCCUUCCUAUAAGCUGCACCCCUGCUUGGCCGUAGGGUCCACUGAGGGGGCUCCCACGGUACCUCCUGAUCUGGAGGGUGAGACUUCUCUGGAAGAUGGUCUUAGCCCUGGCUCACCUAAGGCACCCUCCGCGAACCACAAAUUGAUCCAGGAAUCAGAUAACUUUGGAUUUGACCUUAGACCUGCCAUCACCACGUGUCCUAUGCAGCCUUGGGGCUCACAGACACCCCAGAGCCUCUCGGAUCUGGCUCCGCCCAUAUUUAAGGACCAGCAGACAGAAGAUCCUUCCUGGCCUCAGGAACCUCUUAUCUCCCAGAACGGAGGUGAGAAGGAUGCUGGCUGCUUCCAGGAGCCCAUACCCUGCACUUUGGCCCAUUGGGGGAGCCAAGCCUCUUCACUGGAGCCCAGGUGCCCAGAAUCCGAGGGCCACCCUAGGCCCUGCCCCGUGUCUUCCCCGGAGGGCAGUCCACAAGUCCAGCUCCAUAGCUCCAAGUCGCCACAGGAUGCCUCACACUCUUUGCUCCUGGAGGAAGAUGAAUCCGAGUUAAGUUCCCAGAAGAUAGAGGAGACAGAGGAGACCCCAAACCUAAGGCAGGAGGCAGAGUGUGAAGAUCCAGCCAGGACUGAGGAAGCGUCAGCUGCCUGGAACCAUGUUCGCUUGACUUCUACAGAAGGGCUUCCUGAGAGCCCCAUGCCCCAAGCUCAAUCUCCAGAGAAAGGCUGGAGGCCAUCAUCUGGAGUCAAGUUGGCUAAUAACAUCAGAAAUGACAAGGAAGCCUGGGACCUAGCCUUGCGUCUCUACCACCUGGAUGGUUUCCGGAAGUCUGAAGUGGCUGCCCACCUACGCAAGAACAAUGACUUCAGCAGGGCUGUGGCUGAAGCAUACUUAUCCUUCUUCCAGUUCGAAGGACAGAACCUGGACCGAGCCCUCCGGGGUUUCCUUCAGGCCCUGGUGCUCAGUGGAGAGACUCAGGAACGGGAACGGAUUCUUUAUCAGUUUUCCAAACGCUUCCAUUACUGCAAUCCUGGAGCCUUCCCCUCAGUAGAUUCUAUACACACCUUGACCUGCGCCGUCAUGCUCCUUAACACAGACCUGCAUGGACAGAACAUUGGAAAGAGCAUGAGCUGCCAGGAAUUCAUAAACAACCUGAGCGGGCUGCAGGACGGCAGGAACUUCCCCAAGGAGCUCCUGAAGGCCCUCUACUGGUCUAUCCGGAGUGAGAAGCUCGAGUGGGCUGUAGAUGAAGAGGAUGCAGCCAAACCCGAGAAGGACCAGCCCUCUCCCUCAGCCAGCAAGAUAAGCAACCCCUUCCUCCAGAUGGCUCAGGACCCCACAGUGCCCACUUAUAAGCAAGGCAUCCUGGCUCGGAAGAUGCAUCAUGAUGCUGACGGCAAGAAGACGCCAUGGGGCAAGCGAGGCUGGAAGAUGUUCCACACCUUACUGAAAGGGAUGGUUCUCUACUUCCUGAAGGGAGAGGGCCCCUGGCUGGAUGGGCAGAGUUUGGUGGGACAUCUCGUGGAUGAGCCCGUGGGAGUGCACCACUCGCUAGCCAGCCCCGCCACCCACUAUACCAAGAAGCCAUAUGUCUUCCAGCUUCGGACUGCAGACUGGCGUCUCUACCUCUUCCAGGCUCCCACUGCCAAGGAAAUGGCUUCCUGGAUUGCACGCAUCAAUCUGGCCGCGGCCACACACUCAGCACCCCCUUUUCCAGCCGCAGUGGGCUCCCAGCGUAGAUUCGUGAGGCCCAUCCUACCCAUGAGCCCCGCCCAGAGCUCCCUGGAGGAGCAGCAUCGAUCCCACGAGAACUGCCUGGAUGCUGCCUCUGACGACCUGUUAGAUUUGCAGAGGAACCUGCCUGAACGACGGGGCCGAGGCCGUGAGCUGGAGGAGUACCGCUUGCGGAAGGAGUAUCUGGAGCACGAGAAAACCCGAUAUGAGACCUAUGUGCAGCUUCUGGUGUCCCGCCUGCACUUUCCUCUGGGAGACCUGGCUCUAUGGGAAGAUCAGCUCCGCAGGGAAGCGGAAGGCACCCCGGAGCCGAAGCCCAGCCUGAAGAAGUCCCACUCCAGCCCCUCCCUGCACCAGGAUGAGGCCCCCACCACAGCCAAGGUGAAACGCAACAUCUCAGAGCGCAGGACCUACCGGAAGAUCAUUCCCAAGAGAAACCGCAAUCAGUUGUGACGCCGUUGCCAGCUCACGGACACUGAGCCCUGCUCUGGGGUAGACCUGAGAUGAAACCUUACAUUUCCAGGACCGUGGUGAGGGAUGAGGCAUCGCCCCUUCUGUGAUGAAGGAUGGGGCUCAUUCCCGUGUCCUCCAUUUUCUGGCUCUCGAGAACUUUCUUAAUCCUGCCGUACUUGCUUGCCGUCUCCCCCAUGGCAGCUCCUCCCUCACUCCAUCUCUGACUGGUCAAGAGGAAGGUUGAGCAACACGUCUCCACUUACAGAAUUUGUCCCCUGUGUGUUCCACCCCCCUAAAACACAGAGCGGGUUCAUUUCCUGGGCACAUAUGGGCCUGGGUUUCUGGGAGGUAGCUUGAGGCGGUCUAGCCAGGAUGAUCACAUGACUGGAAACAGUUUUGUUUUAGAAUUUGGCUACCUGGCAGAGGAGGGUUCCAAGAGUAUAGGGCUGGACAUCUUGGUCUUGUGACCCGGGGAACAGCGUUACUCCAGCACUGCCCACUAGAGGGCAGCCUUCUGACAGAGGCCUUGGCAGGUUAAAGGCUCAGGGGGGCUGUGGGGCUUCAGGCCUCUGAUCUUCCAGCUGCUUUAGUCUCCAGUCAGCCAGUGCCUCCAGGGCAGAGGAGAAGACUGCAUGCCCGAUUGUUAAUCAACAGAGCCAAGCUUGUGGCCUGUGUCAGGCCACUCAGGAGGAGUGGAGGCCUCUAGAGCUCUGUGCAGAGCUCUCAGAACAAGGAGCCUUUGUUUCCUGAGAGCAAUGAGGGUGGUUCUUCAAGUGUAGACCACUGGGGAGGGUGAGGGGGUAAAAGGGGGGUGACAGUGCCCCUUGGGAGUCUGCCUGGUGGUGAAAGUGGAGAUCAGAGAGAGACCUGGGUUCUCUGCCAGACUUGGGGCACUGCCUUCUGCGGCCCUCACCACCCCCCAAAGCCCACCCUGGAUGCCCUUCAAGGCUGCAUUCCUGAGGGUGUCUGGACCUCUUUCUCCUUCCCAGGGCAGCUCCCAGGAAUUUGCUGCCUUGCCUUAGGAAAUCCCCUUAUACUUUGUUUUGGCUUCUUCCCAGGCCUGCCUGCUCUCGAGAGGAGGUACUGGAGACUCAGGGACUCUGGGCUGUGCCUGUAGGGAGGAGACUGGGCUCAGAGAGCAGCCACCAUUGUCUCUGUUCAGCCAUGUGUGCAGAGAGGUUUCUGGCCAACUGGGGGCCUCUGCUGCCUACCCUUCCACUGACACGUUACCUCUCCUGCCUUCCUGCUGGGCCACACAUCCUCCCUUCCAAUAAUGCUUGUCACCACUCUGAGGGCUUGGAGCUCCACAAAGUGGGGCUGGUCCUUAGGGGCCAUGGCAGGGGAGUCCCUGGCCCAUGCACCCAAUGGGUGUGCAAUAAAUAGAGCCUACCAAAGAAACGUGUGUAAGUGUGUGAGGAAGGGGGGAGCUAGGUAGCCUGGGCUCCCUGCGAUGUGGCAUGCUGCAUCUUCCUUUGCCCCUGUAUGAUAUGUUGAUGUAUGUGUAUAGAAUGUUCUGUGUGUUCAUGUGUGUGCCCCAGUCACACAGCUAAAACCUACUGAAGCUCAGAAA